CUGAGCUACAAAAGCAUGGAAGCUUCAGAGCAGAAAGCAGGCAGAGUGGAAGAAGAAAGUCAAAGAGGACCAAGUGAUCACUGGGGAGGGGAAGAGGUUAGGGCUUUACUCGUGGUGUGGAGGGAAAGAGAAGCCUGGGACGAGACUGAGACCAAGGCCAAGUAUGAGGCCAUCUCGAGCCGCCUAAGCGAGUUGGGUGUGCACAGGGAUUGGCUAAGCUGCCAGGCACAAAGCAGAGCAAUGGCACUACCCGAAUGGAGACCUCCAGCCGCCAGGACGUCGAUGGAGUGUGCUUCGAUAGGCCAAAGGUCAUACGAUAUGGACGGAGAACAAGCCAGUCCAUCCAACAGAAGACAAGGCAAUGCUUCUCUGAGCAACUUUCCGGAAGGAAGUGAUCAACAUUUUGUUUCUCUCACUGGGAUGGAGGGAGGGAGACACUGGUCUGAUAAAGAGAUUCGAGCUCUUCUUAAUAUCUGGUCUGACCGGGAAAUGCAAGUGCGGCUACAGAGCACCCACCGAAACAAAGCGAUUUUCCAGGAGAUGGCCCGCCGUCUGGAACUCCAGCAUGGAGUUGUGCGAGACUGGAGACAGUGUCGCACCAAAUACAAGAACCUCAAAUAUGACUACAAGGUCAGCAAGAGCCAAGGUCGACCUAUGCGCUUCUUCGCGGAGGUCGACGCAAUCUUGCAGGGCAAGGAGAUUGAGGACUUUCUAGAUGAUGAGGAGGAGGAUUCUCCGAGAAAGGGGGCAGAAGGAGAUCAGGCAGCUGCGAGAAGAGAGUCAGGAGAAUCUCACUACAUUAAGAUUGAUGACGGGUCAGCCAUAUCUCCAGUGACCAGAAAGCCAUCAGAUGAGGAAAACGUGAUCACAGUCCACGACUCAGGCCGGAACUGGUCUGAGGAGGAAGUGGCGGCGCUGCUCAAUAUCUGGUCCGAGGAGAGAAUCCAACAACAGCUGCAAGGCUCGACCCGAAACAAGGAUGUGUUUGUGCAGAUCUCGCGCCGGCUCCUUCAGCAGGGUGUGGAGAGGGACUGGAAGCAGUGUCGCACCAAAUACAAGAACCUGAAAUAUUUGUACCGCUCCUUGCAGAGGGGCAAGGCUGAUAUCGGAGAUACUCGACGCAUCAUGAAGUUCUACGAGCAGCUAGACAGCAUUUUGUCCCAGCCAGUCCGAGGCCUGUACAGAAACUCUGGACUGUUCAGUCCUCCCACAUUGGAGGAGCAUUCAAUUUGUGAAAUGCCUGGACAUGAGCAUAGUGACGUCAUUGCUGUCGAAUACGAUCAGCGGGCCAUGGACGAUGCCUUUUUUAGAAGGUCUCCAGGCACUGUCACGAGAGCCUUCCAAAACGAGGCUAGAGCAGAUGGCAUUUUGAGGCCAGAGGAACUCACUGAGGUAGAAUAUGAAACAGAGGAUCGGUUAAAAGGCAUGGUGUUGAGGUCAAAAGAUGGCGCCCGGACAAGAUAUGAGGAAAGGCCUUUGUCCAGUCAUUCGGUCUCAGCAGGUGAUUCGGAGACAACAUUCACAGAAAUAGAACCUCCCGGGUUAAGAGGAAAAAAGCGGAAGGCUACAGAUGAAGAUUACAACGUUUUCAGUAAAAGGUUUCAGGAGUGUGUGGAUGACGAAGACAGCAGCACAGACUGGUCUGAGCACAUUGACUAUCAAUUCAAGGAGGAGCCGGAUCAAUACAUUCCAAUUAUGGAAAUCAGCUCUGUGUGCUCUAUGGCCAACACGAAUGAUAACCUGGUAAGUGCCCAUCACUCUGAAACAGGAUGGCGUCACUGCCUUAUAAAGUGUCGUAACUCGUGUCGACCUUCUUCCAUCUCGCCCGCUUUUCUCCCUCGCGUGUUGCCUUCAUUCAGAUCUCCAGUUCUCGACCUGCAGGAGAACAGAGUUGUAAAAGACAUGGCGUCGACAGCAGACCUGAAACUUGGUAAGAAGCUCAGCGAGGGCAAGACCAAGCAGAUCUUUGAGCUUCCUGACAUGACCGGCCAUGUUCUGGUUCAGUCCAAAGACCAGAUCACAGCAGGAAAUGCAGUGAGGAAAGACCAAAUGGAGGGCAAGGCAGCGAUCUCCAACAAGACCACCAGUUGUGUCUUCAAGCUCCUGCAAGAAGCUGGAAUAAAGACCGCGUUCAUGAAGCAGCAUUCAGAGACGGCGUUCAUCGCCAGCCACUGUGAGAUGAUCCCUAUCGAGUGGGUGUGUAGACGCAUCGCCACAGGUUCCUUCCUUAAAAGGAAUCCGGGCGUCAAAGAAGGCUAUCGCUUCUCACCAUUGAAAAUGGAGAUGUUCUUCAAGGAUGACGCCAAUAAUGACCCACAGUGGUCUGAGGAGCAGUUAAUAGCAGCUAAAUUAGAGCUGGCAGGAUUGUCGAUUGGCCGCUGUGAGGUAGACAUUAUGAGUAAGAGCACAGUGGCCAUCUUUGAGGUCCUGGAGAAGGCCUGGGCCACACAGAACUGCACUCUGGUCGAUAUGAAGAUCGAGUUUGGUGUGAACGUGACCACUAAAGAAGUUACCCUGGCUGAUGUGAUUGACAACGACUCCUGGAGAUUAUGGCCAGCUGGGGAUCGCAGCCAACAGAAAGACAAACAGGUUUAUCGUGACUUGAAAGAGGUCACACCUGAAGCUAUGCAGAUGGUCAAGAAAAACUUUGAAUGGGUGGCUGAAAGAGUGCAGCUGCUCCUGGAGCCGCAGGCGAGUGGAAGAGUCGUCGUACUGAUGGGUUCUACGUCCGACAUGGCUCACUGCGAGAGAAUUCGGAAAGCCUGCAGCGCAUACGGCAUCGCCUGCCAUCUCCGAGUCACCUCUGCGCACAAAGGCCCCGACGAGACACUCCGUAUCAAAUCCGAAUACGAGGGUGAUGGUGUUCCCACCAUUUUUGUAGCCGUCGCAGGGAGGAGUAACGGUUUGGGUCCAGUGAUGUCCGGAAACACGGUUUUCCCGGUCAUUAACUGUCCUCCUGUUACAUCUGACUGGGGUGCUCAGGACAUCUGGUCAUCUUUACGCAUGCCUAGCGGUUUGGGCUGUUCUACGGUUCUGUCUCCAGACUCGGCUGCUCAACAUGCUGCUCAGAUCCUGGGUCUGACUGAUCACUUGGUGUGGGCUAAACUUCGUGCCUCAAUGCUCAACACCUGGAUCUCCCUGAAGCAGGCCGAUAAGAAGCUUCAGCAGUGCAGCAUCUGAAAACAUAGCACUUCUGUUUACCAUUCCAGCCCUUUAAGCAUUCCAUUACACUACUCCAGUCAGCGUUCAUUUUUAAAUGAUUGAAGGCUUGUAAUUUAAUGGCAGGUCUGAAUAAUCUCAUUUAUAGAUGAAACUAAUAAAAAAAAUUAUAGAAAA